GAUGGAUAGUGCUUACAACAGACAGAUAUCUCGGCUGACCACAGCCAGUGCGCCACCAACCAGUGGAGCAGGGGGUGAACCAGCAUCUGGCAGUAGGAUGAAGCGAUUUGGCAGGUACAUGAAGAGCAGUGUGGCAGAUUUCUUUGGUGUUGGUGAAGAGGACUGCUCCCGAUCUGACAGGUGGGACAACCGUCGGAAGCGCUAUGCAGGGUCGAUCGGCAAGUUGAAGGAAGAGCUCAUACACCCGGAAGAUGAACUCGACUCUGCAUCUCCCCGGAUCAUCGACCCCCUGCGCGUACCAGGAAGGCACAUCAGUGAAACAGAUAGAUAUUCACGCAGGACAACACCGCUUUCAAGUACAAGCACGUACCGCAGGGGCUACCCCGGUACACCAAGAAGUAAAGACUCUGUCAUCAAAAUGACCUGGCAGGGUAUAUCGACAUUGGCUGGAGUCAAGAGAAAGCUCAGACAAAAACAGGCGAUGAAAAGUAGAAGCUACGCUCCAGCCAGUCUUGCUGGGGAUAUUCCCGAUGAGGAUCUCAGCGUUGCUACCUCACAGCCAGUCACUGAUGAUGCCAUCAGUUUAGUUGACGAUGUGUUUUAUGAUGAGCCGCUGCCGGGGAGUGGAGAUUAUGAACCGUCACGCUUAGACAAGAUACGAGAAGAGUCAGAAGCCACAGACAGGGGAGAAAGAAAUCCUUUUAUUUUUAGCGGAUAUAAACCUGCUCCUGGGUGGCGGCGAAUGCCUCCGCAAGCCCUCCCAUCGACUCCUGGGGUAGGGAUGGAUGAACCAGACUUCCCACUGAAGCGUAUUGCGGGCAAGGUCAUGCACACAGCACUGGAGAGGGAGAAACGCCAUCUGGGGAUGGGCUUUGUAGGAAGACUACUGAAGCGAAGUUUUAAAAGUGAAAGAUAUCAAAAGGAUGAUGUUCUAAAACAAAUGGAUAGCCUGGAUGAUCACAGACCGUAUUUUACAUACUGGGUUACCUUUGUACAAAUUGUGUGUUUUAUUGUUGCUGUUGCUGUGUAUGGAAUUGCUCCAGUGGGAAUCAGUGUAACAGUCUAUUCCGAAACAGUUCGGAUGCCAAAUUUAGCUUUUCAGAAGGAAGAUCAACAGGAACGAGAUAAUUUGUGGAUUGGUCCCAGGCAGGCUGAUCUGAUCCACCUCGGGGCCAAGUACUCGCCCUGCAUGCGGUGGGAUGAGAACCUGAACCACGCGUUGAACCUCGACCUGCAGGAGGAGAAGACUUCAGCCUGCUGUGUGCGCAACGACGGCUCGGGCUGUGCUCAGAUGACAGAGAAGAGAUGCAGUCCUGUCUUGUCAUCAUUUGAAGACUGGGGGGCUGCAGGAAACAGUGGUCCAAACGAUCGCAAGUCUGGCUCAGUUUGUGGCCAAGAUCCACGUUUUUGUACAGACCCUGCCUCAGUGCCUCCAUUUGAGUGGGAAGAUGACAUAACAAAAUGGCCACUGUGCCUGACAACAGACAGACCAAACGUAACACAAGCCAGUACACAGGAUCGUCACAUGACAUGUGAAGUCGUAGGUCACCCAUGUUGCCAUGGGAUACAGGGUGAAUGUAUUAUUACAACACGUGAACACUGCGAUCUGAAGAGAGGCUAUUACCACGAAAAUGCGUAUCUUUGUUCUCAGGUGAAAUGCAUGGAGCAGAUUUGUGGAAUGAUCGCCUUUACCAAUCCUGACAAUCCCGACCAGUUCUAUCGACUGUGGACGUCUCUGUUUCUACAUGGCGGCCUGUUCCAUCUGCUGAUCACGAUCAUCUUCCAGAUGCUGGUGAUGCGAGAUAUGGAGAAGUUGACUGGAGCCAUCAGGAUGGCAAUUAUCUACAUCGCUAGCGGCAUCGCUGGCAACCUGGCCAGCUGCAUAUUCCUGCCUUACCAAGUGGAGGCUGGUCCAUCGGGCUCACAGUUUGGAAUCCUGGCCUGUCUGCUGGUGGAGGUCCUACAGAGCUGGCAGAUGUACCGAAACCCUCUGAAAGCCAUCCUCAAGCUGGGCAUACCCAUCCUCAUCCUGUUCCUCCUCGGCCUCCUGCCAUGGUUCGACAACUGGGCCCAUCUGUUCGGCUUCAUCUUCGGGGUGCUUCUCGCGUUUGCACUGCUGCCGUACGUGUCGUUUGGGAAGUUCGACCGGCGCAGGAAGAUCAUCGGGAUCGUGGUGUGUCUGUCGGCCUCCGUCGGGCUCUUUGUGCUGCUGGUGAUUCUCUUCUAUGUCGUGCCCAUCACAGAAUGUGAAGCCUGCCAGUAUUUUAACUGUAUUCCAUUCACGGCAGACUUCUGUACAAACAUGCAGGUGUCCAUCAAGAGAAAUUCCACGUAUAGCAAAUUUUAGUCUAGGUACAACCCAUAACAAAGCAGUAGCUGAUUUUCGGUUGGGUGUUAUGGGGUUGUAAAGGAAUGUUAUUAAGGUAAUAAACAUUGCUGAAAGUCAUUUUCAAGAGAUAGAGUAUGGUUGAGAAAAUUAUUGGUAAUUGCUCACUUCCCCAAACACCUACAUUUAUAUCUCAUGGCCUUCAAUAGCUAUCGGCAUAAUAGUCUUUUUACAAUAAUUUAUAGACAUGUGUUUAUGAGUGUGUUUGUAAAUAGUAAUUUUUAUUGUACAUUCACGAAUCUUCUCUUUUUUUACCUCUUUUUAAAAAAAAUAUUGUUUUAAAGAAAUUAGGAAUAUUUAUAUGUUUCUGAAACAAGGGCAGUUAGAUGUACAUAAUACAAUUUUCAAUAUAUGCAGCUAACUCUUGCAUGUUUUUCUGUUUGUUGUGUAGGUAAUAGGCAGAAUGACCCAAAACUCAGCAUUACAAUGUUCAUCACUAUACUAGUAAGCAUGUUUAUGUAAAAUAAACUGUUUACAUCUCUAACAGUAUCAGAAUAUGCAGUGUCUUGUAAAUAGUUUGAUACUUUGAAUGUUUUGCCAUAAUGUUAUCAUUUACGUAGCUCUUAAAUCUAUUGUACAUGUAGUUAUAGAUAAACUCAGAAUUUUUGUGUGUAGACCUUAGAAGAUAAAAUUAGGCUAAUUGAUAAUAUGGUUGAUUAAAACUAAUAUUGUUUAAUCGAGAAAAUUAUUUGAAGCAACAUUAAUUUUGUAUAUUAAACAUAGAAUGUCAACAAUAUUUUUAAAAACAAAAUAUAGAACACAAGGAAUAUGUAAGGUAUUUUUACAGAAAAAUGUUGCUAUAAUAUUAUUGAUAAGCAUUGAUUUUGUAUGUACAACAUUGUUCCCAGGUCUUGUUUUGUUUGUUCAUUUGUUUAUAGUAUGCAAAAUUUAUACCAGUCAACUGCUAUUCAGUCUCGUGGUAUAAUAUUCUUGCACACUAUAAACUCAUCCAAUACACAACAUGGCAAAACAACUGGUAUGUGGUUCUGUCUAAUAUGUUAUGUAUAUUAAAAGGUGACACAUUACAACAAGAAAAGUAAGUGAAGUGUAACUGUAAUGUACUACAGGCAGCUUCACAGAGAAUACAUGAUUUUUUUUAUUGUUUGGGUCUGUGCAUAAUACUUAGGCCCAAAACACACCGAGGCUGGGUCUGGCGAGUAUAGUACAUACAAUGUAUGUAUGUAUACGUGUGUGUUUAUAUGUAUAUAUAGACACACACACACAUGUAUAUUGAUAACAUGAAUAGACCCAGAAAUCAAAAUACACCAGACAUGGUGUCUGCCACACUACCCAGACCCAGAACUAGCUUUGAUCUGUUUUGGGCCUUACACAGAAUUUCAAGUGCCUCAUCAAAUAAAUAUUUCAUUGGUUACAAUGAUUUCCAUGAAUCAGCAAAAGUGUCUGUCAAGACCUUGAAUCGUUGUAUUUAGAAUUAUAUUUUCCAGUGUGUUUUGCAUUAAUAAAACACAAAAUGUGAUGGAUAUUGUAGUUUUGUAAAAUCUUUGUUUUGUUGUAUUGGAUAUUUUUUGUUUAAAAUUUAAUCACUUGAUACAAUGUCAAUGAUAGUUUAGUUAUACUGAAUACAGUUGUUAAAUCGGUUUACAUUCCAGAUACAUUUCUUAUCUUUUUUUUAAAAGAAAGAAAUACGAUGCAUUAGCUGGCAAUAAUAACAUGUUUUUAGGGUGGAACAAUUCAUAAUUACAUUAUUUAAACUGUCACUUUUUUAAUACAUUUUAUACUGGUAUACAUUUAUUACCUAAAUCAAACUAUUGUGUUUAUUCAAAGGAAUGGAUAGUGGCAUUUAAAAGAUUUCCAUAUUAACUGUAUAAUAUGUAAUACUAUAUAUUUAAGUUUCAUUUUAGAAAUGUCCAUAUAAACUGUUAAAGGUACAUGUUGUCCCAUUCAGCACUGGGUGAAUAAAGGGACUAUCCUGCAUUUGCUACCAUUGUAAAAUGUUUACAGCUAUCAGAUUGUCUAAGAAAGUUUGUUUUGUUUAAUAACCACUAGAGCGCAUUGAUUUAUUAA